AAGAAAAUGGUCGAAGCAGUUGUUGCAUUAGCUGUGGAAAAGCUUGGUGGUUUGCUCAUAGAAGAAUUUGGAUAUGCAGUGAGGAGGACUCAUGUCCAAAGUGAAGUGGAGUGGAUUGAAAGGGAAUUGAUUCGGAUCAACUGCUUCCUAAAAGAUGCGGACGCGAAGCAGAAGGGAGAUGAGAGAGUGAAAACUUGGGUCAGGGAUGUAAGAGAUGUGGCUUACCAAGUUGAGGAUGCUAUCGACACUUUCAUCAUGAUCAAAUCGACCGAUCCAAGAAAGAGAGCCGGAUUCAUCAAAAGGUGUGUUUGCUGCUUCUCCUUCCUGUUGAAUGAAUUAGCACUUCAACAUAAACUUGGAAAGGAUAUACGAGGGAUCAAGGUGAAGAUCUCUGAUAUAUCCGCCAGCAGGAUUACAUAUGGGAUUGAAAAUAUAGGUGGUGGUGGGGAAGGGAGCAGUUAUGUGUCUGAGAAGUUGCGUGAGAUGAGGCGAUCCUCUCCUCGAAUGGACGAUCAUGAUGUUAUUGGCUUUGAUGAAGACAUCAACAUGCUGGUGGCACGAUUGCUUGACCAAGAGACGCCCAGGCGGAGCACAAUUUCUAUUGUUGGCAUGGGUGGUUUGGGCAAGACUACUCUAGCUAAGAAAGUUUAUAAUUGUAGGAGUGUCAAGAGGCGCUUUGAUUUUUGCGCUUGGGUUUAUGUUUCUCAAGAUUACAGAGCCGGAGAACUUCUACAUGAGAUUGGAGAAAAGAUUCUGAGGAUUGAGAAAGGCAGAUUGGCCAUGAUGAAUAGACAGCACCUUGAAGAGAGGGUCUCUACGGCUUUGAGGAAGAAGAGGUAUUUGAUUGUCCUGGAUGACAUAUGGGAAACUGAAGUUUGGGAUGACUUGAAAACCCUCUUUCCAGAUGUGAUGAAUGCAAGCCGGGUUCUGUUUACCACCCGGAUCAGAGAUGUAGCCAUACAUGCUGAUCCCAGGAGCGCCACCCAUGAAUUACAUUUUCUAAACCAGGCCCAUAGUUGGGAGCUGUUCCUGAAAAAGGCCUUCCCCAUGGAAGGUGAUUCAGUCACUUGUCCUCCAGAAUUGGAGAGAUUGGGGACACAGAUUGUUGCUAAAUGUGGAGGCUUGCCACUUGCAAUUGUUAUCAUUGGAGGGCUCCUCUCCAGAAAAGAGAAAACACCCAGUGUAUGGUUAAGGGUGCUGCAGAGCAUAAGAUGGCAGCUGAAUAAUGAUUCAAGGCAAUUGAUGGAAAUAUUAGCUCUCAGUUACAAUGACUUGCCAUACUAUUUGAAGCCAUGCUUCCUUUAUUUUGGUCUUUUCCCUGAAGACUUGGAGAUCCCUGUUGGAAAACUAGUUUUGUUGUGGAUAGCUGAGGGAUUUGUUCAACAAAGGGGUGAAGAAUCCAUGGAAGAUGUUGCAGAAGAUUUUCUGGAGGAGUUGGUUGAUAGAAGCAUGAUUCAAGUGGCAGAAAAGAGGUAUAAUGGGAAAAUCAAAACGUGUCGCAUCCAUGAUCUCCUCCGAGACCUUGCAAUGUCAGAGGCCAAAGAAUGUAAGUUUCUUGAAAUCCUUGACAGCACAAACAUUGACACCUCUGUGACUACUAGAGCACGUCGAAUCUCAGUCCACUCAAGUCUUGAAGAGUACAUGAAAUUGAGGCAUCCCAAUCCUCACUUCCGUUCCAUGUUACAGUUUUCAAGAUGUGAAGAAUCCCUUAGGAGAGACCAAUGGAAAUCACUUUUUGAGAGCCUCAAAUUACUUAGGGUGCUAGAUUUAGAACGUGUUCAAACUCAUGCAUUACCAAAAGAAAUAAGAGAGUUGGUGCACCUGAGAUACUUGGGGUUAAGGAGGACAGGGUUGCAAAGGUUACCGUCCUCCAUUCAAAACUUCUGUAAUCUGCAAACUCUAGACAUGCGGGCUACUAAAGUUAGCAGGCUUCCAAUUCAACUCUGGAACAUGCCAGGAUUAAGACACCUAUACUUAGAGAAGACUAGUAUAGCAGGUCAUCCUCCAGUUCAUGUUUCUGUAAUGCACCUUCAGACACUAUCAACAGUAUCUAUUUAUGGUAACCAAUGGAUCACUGAUUUAUUGGGCAAAUUAACCAACCUCCGGAAAUUGGGCAUUCAUGGAUACUUUGCUUCACAAACUGAGGCAUUGUCUAGAUGUCUAGUUAAAUUGAGCAAUCUUCAAAAUUUGCAGUUGAGGGGAACUGAGCUAAUUCUGGAGCCAACAAUUAAGUUGCUUUUGAACCAACCCAACAUUCAUAAGCUGCAUCUUUCUGGGCCCAUAGAGAAGCUUCCUGACCCACAAGAAAUCCAACCAAAUCUCACCAAAAUAAUCCUGGAGAAGUCCCUACUUGUGCAGGACAUAUUUGUGAUAUUAGGGAAAUUACCCAAUCUUCAGAUGCUAAAAUUGUUAAUAAAUUCCUUCUUUGGAAAGGAAAUUACUUUCUCUGCCAGUGGGUUCCCUAAACUGCAUGGCUUGGAACUCAGUGAGUUGGUCAACUUAGAGGAGUGGAGAGUGGAUGAUGGGGCAAUGCCCAGCCUUCGGCAUUUGAUUAUCGAUCACUGUGACCAACUGAAGAAGAUUCCAGAAGGAUUUCAAUAUCUGACUGCUCUUCGAGAAUUGUUCCUAUUGAAUAUGCCUGACGAAUUUGAAAUUAGGAUUAAGGGAGAUGAUUGGUAUAAGAUUCAACACAUACCAUCUAUUGUGAUGAGAUAGAGCUAGUGAUGGCACAAUCAGAGUGAUGGAAUCCUGUAACUUCUUAUCUGAAAGCUGUGGUAGCCAUUCAGAAUAUUUGUGAAGUUGAAGAAAUCAGAGCCUCUCAAGGGAAGUCCUCUGCUUCCAGUUGCCUUUGAAUUCAAAACAUUUUGGGAGUCAUGUACUUGCUCCAAUUUUUUAUUCUUCAGCUUGACAAACACGAUGAGGGGACAGAAAAAGGUCCAAUGGUGGAAGGACUUCCCAUAAAUUAUCUAGUAUUACUUACAUUCCAUUCUUCUCAUCUUGAGUGAUGGAUAUGUCCAAUUCUGUUUCUUUUUAAAAUGUUAGUGACUCCUCCAAAUCAACAUGUUAUUCAGGAGAAAUGAUACUAGAUGACAACAAAGUUAUGUGAAAAUAGAAUGAAUUCCAUCUUUCUUCAA